GCAGAUGAAAAACAGCAUGGCGGAGAGACGCUGAAACAAAACAAACCCGUGCGAAAAAACCCGUAAUAUACGGCGAUCAUAUAGCGAUUUAAUCUAUAAUCUGCCGGAUCUGAGAUUAUUAACACACAUGGACUCGUUGAUUUACUAACCGCGCUGUUUUGUGUGCUUCUGAGGUGGUUUUGUUUCAUCUGGAGACGCCGCGAUACUCUGCGCUUUUUCGUUAUACAACAAACGCGGGUAAUGUUUUAUUUCCAUCUUUGUUAGAAAAUUCACAUUUAAAUCAAUUUAAAGUAUCAAUAGAGCGCGUUGAGAACGCUCGUACCAGAGAAAUAUUUACAUUAUUGCAAACAACCGCCCCGUCUCGCUCAAAUCACAGGGGUGAAUACAACACCUCUAUUUAAGAUUUUAAUUUGGAAUCAAACUCGAGAUGGAGAAAAAACAUCAUCAAUCAGACAAACAUCGCCGCCGUCGUCGUCAUCAUCAUCAUCAGUCGUCCAGCAGCAGCGAAGAGUCCGGCGGCAACAGCCCGGCUCACGGUGCGCCCGCUGCGGCCAACGCGUUCGCCAACGACGGCAGCUUCAUGGAGAUGUUCAAGAAGAAGAUGGAGGAAGAGGAGAGAAGAAAGAGAGAGGCUGAAGAGGAGGAGGAGAGGAUGAAGAGUACUGCUUCUGCAGGGCAAUCCUCACAAGACCCGAAGCCCUGUAGCGUGACUAACUUUGUGGGCAAGCGGAGAGGAGGAGCCCGGAUGACCCUCAAGACGGGAAUGGUGGCCAAGAAACAGAAACUGGAUUCUGAGGCGGAGGCGGGAAAAGGAGACGCCUGGACUAAAUACAUGGCAGAAGUGAAAAAGUAUAAAGCUCAUCAGUGUGGAGACGAUGAUAAAACCAGACCGCUGGUCAAAUAGACUGAACUGCUUCAACACCCGGGAGACCCAGCAUCUCUCCACACUGCCACAACAUCAUUACACAAACACACAUCACUUCUCGUUCAGUCCUUCUCCUUUGUCCUUUUCUUUCUCGGGGUUGAGUUUUGUCGUGUACCCUUUUGACUGUCGGACUUGCAUAUUAUUUAGUCUGUGGCAUUAGAAAGACGAGAUCUUAUUACACCUUAUUGAUAUUUUGUGCUCGGUUCAUUUGGUACGUGAAUGUGACCUGAUCAAAGUUUGUGUUUAAAAAUUGUAAUUAAACUCACAUUACCACACAAUGUGUUCAAGGGGUUUAAAAUCCCCACGGAAUCCCAUCUUUAUGUAUGUGAUGUAAAGAUGAUAUAAAAAAGGCUUUCACAACUCAAUAUUACUUGAUGAAUUUUUAAUUGUUGGAUUGCAGCAGCUCUGAAUGUAUCCAAACAAGGCCGCGUCUCUACGGUAUAGUAUGCAAACAAGAAUAGUAUGUCUGAUGCAGUAUCUUAGUCAGCUCCCUAUUCAUCAUGACAUUGACUGUUCAGUGGCUUUUGUUAGAAAAAUCCUUCAGGUGCACUUCAGCCAACCGGGUUCUCUUUGCAGACAUGCCUGUGCCAUCUGCACAUGGCCACUCCAUCAACCACCACCAGAAUAAUAUUUCAAAAUCAAACAAAGCUUUAUGAAGGUUUACACAAAAGCUUUACACGUUAAAAACCAACGUUUAUUAGUUGAAAAGUGUCUUACCUGAUUGCAUUUCUCUGUAUGAACUUGCAGAACAGAAGCAUCUGAAAGACAGACGAAUUAUUUUUGUUACACUACAAAUAUGCAUUUUUCAAACGUUAUUUUAAUAAUCAUUACGUCACGGAUAUCAAAUUUAGUGAAAUAAAACACCAAAGUUCACGUCAGAGGUCCUGUAUGUCGCUACUGCUGUACGCACGCUGUUCUGCAGCGCGUGCGGUUGUUUUCACAUUCAGCGGGCGUAUUACAGUUUCUUAUCUUAGUUCUUAACGUAAGUUAUGAUACGUUAAAUUAGGAUGUUUCACAAAUCUGUAUUACAGAAGCAACUUAACUUGAUUUGGGAUUCCUAUCUUACAAAAUCGUAUCUUAUCUCCAGUUAGGGAAUCUUAAAUUGUACAAUCCCAGCAAACAGAACGUUCCACUAACGUUAGUUUUUGGUUCCCUUUUGGUUGUUUUUUGAGAACCAAAAAAUAACGUUCUAUGAACGUUCUUUUCCGGUUUUAUUUUUGCAACCAGAAAAUAACGUUCCCAGAACGUUGCAGGCUGUUUUUUUAAAAUAACCAGAAAAUAACGUUCUGGGAACCAAAAACUAACGUUAGGGGAACGUUCUGGGAACCAAAUAUUGUUUGCUGGGAUCAAGCUCGGCAAUCCACUUUCAGGUCUGUUACCAAGCAACCAACAAUGCUCGAGCUGCUGAUGAGGUAACAACGUUCCCUGAUAGUUAUUUUUUGGUUAUUUUUUGCAAGAAAACAACGUUCCCUGAUGAUUAUUUUUUUGCAACCAGACCGUUAUACUGACCAAAUUAAAUAAAUAAAUGUGCCCUUUAAUGGCUGUAAAUAAUAAGCUAGUUAAGCUAAAUGAGAAUACAAUCAUAUAUAUCCAUGUGUAUUUCUUUAGUGUGGAUGUCUGUUACCUGUAUGCGCUCGAGCACGUGCAUACUCCGCUCUGCUGCGCACUCCCGUCAUUUAAAAAUUAACGGUCAUUUCGUUUUACCUCACCCACUAACACGUUAGUUUAGCGGUUUAUUUAUUUUUUUAUUUAAAAACGUACAGAUUUGAGAGUAAAUUUAUAUUUUCGUGAUUUUCGAUUGAAUAAUUUGACACAUCUAAAUCAACAGACCAUGAUGUAAGGACUGAAACUCAGGGCUUUUGAUUGUUAUAUCUAAAGACGGAGCCGCGCUAUACUUCUGUGGUGAGACAAGAAUAUUGUUAGCCUGAAGAUGAUUAAAUGUUUAUUCUUCUGUCAAUAAAAAUCUGCUUUAAAUAUUG